UUUGUGCUUUCAUGCUCGCCUCAUAAUGUUAUCAAUUGACAACGAAAGGCAAUUUGUAAGAAGAUUAAAGGCUUAAACCAUGCGUUGGGUAUUAUGGUCAUUAAUAAUUUUGAUAUCAGUUUUGUCGAGUUAUCAACAAAAAAUCUCGAUAUGUCGCAACAUAGAGGAUUGCGUGCAACAAUACUUGCGUCACAAUCAUAGGCAUAUAAAAAAAUAUGACGGGGGAUCAAAACUCAAAGAAAAAGAAUUGGCCUAUACCAAGUUUCUGGAGAGUUUAAUACAGUACGGAGUGCCUGUCCACCCGGCUGCAUUAAUUAAAGCCAAAAAAGGUGUGUCACCACAGACUAAGCGAAGGGGAAAGAUGACCAUGACAACUGACGAUCCUUCGUCUUCAGAAAGAUCAGAUUCUGCAGCUGAGUCUAAAUCCGCCCCCGAAUCCGCUCCCAAUUCUGAAUCCGUUCCCAAUUCCGAAUCGGAUGCCGCGAAAAAUUCCGAAUCCGAAAGAUCUUCAAGUUCCGAAACCGAUUCACCACUUGAAACAACUACACAGGAUACAUAUUCAACGAGAAAAUCAACAACCGUUUGUCCUUGGUGUGUACCGGGCGAUGUUAACAAGAGAAAAACCAUAACAACAACCGAACGUAAUCGUUAUAAACCAGGCGAUUUGACAUUCCCACCCAUUGAGAUCAGUGACGACAGUGACAAGAGUGACAACAGCGACAACAGCGACAACAGCCACAACAGCGACAACAGCGACAACAGUGUCAACAGCGACAACAGCGAUAACAAUGACGACAGUGAAGAUACUACAACGACAAUGAUGACAACACCAUAUACGGUUUACAAAAAGGUUAUGCUAACAACAACUAUGGAAAUGUUUACGCGAUCAAGACUGUUUCCCUCAAAUUCCGGAUAUCAGCAGAUACUGGACCGACCACCGAGUGUCAAAAUAGCCGAAUAUUUACAAAGCAGAAACUCUAUUCGGAAAGGACCAAACAAAUACAAGGAAUAUUCAUCAUUUUUAGAAGAAUUAGAAAGAGACGGCGUCCAUGUUUACACAAGUCGUGCUGACACAGACAACCACUCAAAAAGAAAUACAACUAAAAAGAAAAGUAAACAUAUAUUCUUAAAUUCAAAUAUUAAUGUAAAUGGGUACCACACGUCAUCGGGGGAUAUUUCUGAAUCCAAAUCUGAAUCCCACUAUUCUAAGGGUACCGAAUCUGAAUCACAUCCUAAGUCUGAAACUGGCUCUAACUCCCACGAAACGUCAGAUUAUGAAUCAAAAUCUCAGUUAAACACCCAGUCUUUUGAAAACUCCGAACUCGCUUCUGAAAUCAUAUCCGGAUCCGGUUCAAAUUCUGCUACUAAAUCAGAAUCGCAUAUCUCAGAAUCACAUGCUUAUUCUGAAUCUGACGUCCCUGAAUCAGAAGUAGGGUCCAAUUCCGAAUCGAACCCGGAAUCCGCAUCCAGUUCCUACUCUGAAUCCGGUUCUUAUUCUGAAUCCGUUUCUAAUUCUGAAUCCCGAGACCCAAUUGUUUUCCCUGUAACUACAAUUAGAUAUAAUACAACUCCUGCGACUUUAAAACGAGCUUCGUCUAGAAAAUUCAAACGUUACAAAGUCACAUUUAGAGCUCGUUUAAAACAUUUCGGACACGAAAAUAAUUGGUACUAUUUUAAACAAUGA